CAUGGAUACACCGGUGAUGGGAGAAAUUUUCCUUUUGGUGCUAGUUACAUUGCUCAGCGUUGCGCAGAAUGCGUUCUUUGCGCUGAAGGUUGAAAAAGAGUGUAGAACACACACCUCCAAAACGCCAGCAUUUGAGCGCGUGUCUUGUGCCAAUCGAAACUGCAUGGAUACUUAUCCCACCUUCCUGGCGGUGAUGUGGUGUGCUGGAAUCUGUCUCAGCCAAGCCCCAGCUGCAUUUGCGGGAAUUUUGUACCUGUUUGCCAGGCAGAGGUAUUUUGUCGGGUACAUGGGACAGACAUCUCAAAGCACGCCUGGUUACCUGUUUGGAAAACGAAUCAUCUCCUUUCUGUGCCUCAUGUGUAUAGUGGGAAUUUUGAACUUCCUGCUGUUGGAAUACUGCGGAAGCGACUAUAAAGAGUCUAUCCAGACCAUCACUAAAGCGGCGUCCACACUUCUCCUGUUGCCAUGA